UCGGGGGCUUUUGACAUUUCGUAGUUUUUCAUUGGCAAAAGUUGAUAAACAAAGGGAUUUGCGUUAAGAAAACCAAACAAAAAUUUAUCAUUUAUCAUGAGUUAUCUAGAAAAACUCCAUCAUGCUGCUCUGUCGCCUAUGUUUGAAAGGGAGUAACGAUUGUGAGAGGCUGUACAGCGAGUGCGGAAAGGCUACUUCAGUAUAUGAAAUAAUCUACCAUUAUUUUCAUCCCAAUAUCUUAAAUAUGGAAGCGGCAAAGCAUUUAAAGGUAAUAUGUUCCAAAUGUUGGAGACACAUUCAGAACUUCCAGGAUUUCGAAUUAUCCAUAAUGGAUGCCCAAACAAAGUUAGGCGAAAUGUUUGAUCUCAAAACGCCAUCUGAGGAAAAUGUGAAAAAAGAACCACUCAAUGUUGGCAAAACAUUAGAAGAUGACACUAAACUAAAAGACAUAACAACGGAAGAAGAUGCAUCACUGGGGCAUUUUAAAGAAAUUGAAAAGGGCGAAGAAUUGGCAUUCAUUUCGACAAAAAUUAAAGAAGAACCACAUGAAGAUGAAGAACUGGGAACAAAUGAAGCCGCAAAUAAACAGGAAAUCAACAUGGUUUCCAAAGUGGAAGAUUUGGGGAAACAUUGUAACUCCCCAAAAUCUCUAAAGGAAACUUUGGAAACAAAUGAAGACAUAAAUGAAGAUGGCGGUUUUCUAACAUUAAAAUCUGAACCUGAAACCCCAAUGCCAAUAGAAAUAACGAAUUUUUACACCCUGGCCAUGGAUUCCAACAAUGAUAGCCUUGAAUUUAUGGGUCGAUCUCCAAGUCCAGAGUGUGAUUUGAGUCAAGAUCAAGUUCAAUCUCCCACUCCAGAGCCUGAUGUAAGACAAGUAAAUUCGAGUUUUCUGAUGAAUCUCUUGACAUCUGCUGACAACGUUUCGCAUCCAAUUAAUCAAUUAAAUAACAAUGCUUCUACCUCCCAUACAUCUGGCAGUCUAGUUUCAAAUUUACAAAACCUGGAAAAUAGCCAAAUGGAUAUACAUCCUGAAUUUGUGCCCAUAAGACAACGUUUUGAGGAGAUUACCCAAAUGGAAGAUCAUCUGAAGGUUCAGGAAGUACGUUUCUUAGAAAGUCUUCUAAAUAUCGAAGAUGAAAUUGUGGAACCGAUUCCAAGAAUUUCCUAUGAGAAUGUUACCAGCCAGAUUGUGGCUCCCAUUGACUCCGAAGCAUCAAGUGUCAUCGAUUAUGAUAUCGAAGAUGAUUUGGAAUCAUGUGAGCUCACGAGCAUGGCUUCGGAGAGUUGCCAUGAAGACAGUGCGAUGAAUAGCUUUGAGGCUAAACCCACACAAUUUGAAAAUCGUCCCAUAAUCUCUGUGGUUCCAAUACAAGUAUUAACCUCUUUAGAUCAUAGCAAAGCUUUAGAUUCUAAUGAAAUACUACCCCAGCGGGAGGAAGUAACUUCCCCCGUACCCAUUACCAGCAAAAGAAGAAAUGAGAAAUUUCUUUAUAGUGAGAAUAGUAAAAGUUCCUUUAUAUCCAAGCCUAAGAGUGCCGUUACACAAAAAUCUAUUUCUACAUGUUCGGAAAGUACAAAAAAUUCCCAUUCAAAAAGAACAAAGAAGGUCAACAACAAACGACCAAGGAAAGGUGCCAUAACCGAGAAAUUGAGAAAGAUGUUGGCAAAGUAAUGAGGUUUUCCAGGGGUUGAAGAUGAUCUAUAAGGGCUUUUAGAGGUCUUUUAUAGAUCGAAGACAUUGUAAAGCUCUUCUAGAGAUCGUAGACAUUCUAAAUGUCAAGGAUUACCUCCUAAAGAAAAUUAUUCAAAAUUGUUUGUCUUGUGAAGAUGUUAAAAUGUUUUCUCUCUAUAAAAAGCCUUCCCUAGAUGGAUAAAGGGUCUUAUAUUUAUGAGAGAUCUCUGGAAAGCUUUGCCACUUUCUUCAGGAAACCUUGCCUCUGUAAAAGGUCUUCUGUUGAUGAAAGACCCGUAUCUUUUUCAAGCCUUUGUGCUAUCUUUUAGAAAUUAAUCUUUUGUUGAAAACAAUAUUUUUUUAAAACUUCUUGUUUUUUUUUUUAAUAAACGUAUGUAAUUAUUAUUAAUAAUAAAAUUUAUGUAUUUUUUAAUUAAUUUAAAAAUUAAUUUUUUAGGCUUAGUUUCCAAAUAUAUUUUUGUAAAUAGCAUAGGUAUAAUACACAGGGUGAGAUAAAAAAACUGCAACAUCAUUUCUAAGCCACUUUUCCGACAGCUGUUAAAAUUAUUCCAGUGACAGCUCAUUAUAUUGUUUACAAGCGAACAAAAGCACGAAAGAAAGCAGCAACAUCAGCAGAAAUGGUUCGAAAUUUAAAGAAGCGACUUGAUCGAAAACCGCGUCGCAGUGGCCAAACAAUGGCUCGUGAGCUGAACAUAUCGCAAUAUUCUAUUCGGCAAAUAUUAAAAAAUGAGCUCUGGGCAAAGCCAUUGAAAUUCCAAAAGAGUGCAAGAACUUACACCGCAACAGAAGGAAAAUCGACUCAAAAGAGCUAAAGAGUUGCUUCGCUUGACUUGGCCGAAAGAAGUGAACUACCGAACUCCAUGAGAAAACAUUCGUUGUCCAGAAGUUUGUAAACAAACAAAAUGAUCGUGUUUACCUGACAAAGAGGUCUGCUGAGAAUGUGCACCUUCGGUGCUUCGGUUGGUCACCAGAACUCAAGCGCCGACCAUGGCGAUGGUGUGGCCCGCCAUAAUUGCCGAUGGUCGUUCUUCGCUAGUAUUAAUCCACGGUGGCAUCAAAAUAAAUGUCGAAUAUUUUCGCGAAAAUAUUCUGUAUGGUGUAUUAAAGCCGUGGGCUCGCAAACAUUUUGGCCACAUAUCUGGGACAUUCCAACAGGACACAGCACCAUCGUACUCAGCACACGCCACCCAAGAAUGGUUACAAAAUGAGGUUCUUCGCUUCAUUCCCAUUCGCACAAUGGCCACCAAAAUCUCCGGAUACCAAUCCGUUGAACUAUUGUGUCUGGAGUAUUUUCAAAAGCAAGGUUGGCAAAAAAAAAUUCCAAAGGUCGAUCACCUCAAGCAAGCGUUUCGUCGGAAAUGGGCCAAAAUACCGCAGAGCAUCAUUCGGGUAGCGUGUGACGAUUUAUUGACCGUUUGAAGGCCAAAGGUGAACAAUUCGAACAAUAAAAAAUUGUAAAUUUGAUGCUAUUUCCGAAUUUUUUUGAUUUCAUUUAAUAAAAUUAAAAAAAAAAUUUUAAAAUAUGACUUUUGACUAUGACUUUGUUGCAGUAUUUUUAUCUCACCCUGUAUGUAUUUAUUUUUUAAAAAAUCUAAUGUAAUUAAGACCUUUACGCUCAUUUGAGUUGUUUUAUAUUCCGUAGUGUUAAUUUUAAAGAUUUUUGUACAAAAACCUGAACAAAUUCUAAAAUAAAUGACAUAAAAU